UUUGACGCGGGCGCUUUCACGUGAGCCCUCCUGGGGCUGGAAACUAUUGUGCGGAGCCCAGAGAGAGUGGCAGCAAGCGGGGAAAGUGGCUGCCAUUGCGCGCAGCGAACAGAGGCGGCGGUGCCGAGCUGGCUCUGGGAAAGAAACUGUACGGACAUCCUGGUUUGUACCACUUAAAGGAACAGCCAGACAAUCGAGGGAGGGAAAGAGCGAGCGAGGGAGCAGCCAGCCAGCCAUAGACUCAGCGAGAUCGGUGCUUUCCCGGCUGUUUCCCGACAGAGGCGGAGCGCCCCUACGGCUCGAUAACCAUUUGCUCAGAAAUAGGUGACUGAACACCAAAGAAUUUGAAAGACUUCUGGAAGAACAAAUCUAGUUUCCACAAGAUCAAAUCUGUAUUAAAUGGCUGAUAAACAGAUCAGUUUACCUGCCAAGCUGAUCAAUGGAGGGAUAGCUGGGCUUAUUGGGGUCACCUGUGUAUUUCCUAUUGACCUGGCAAAAACUCGCCUACAGAAUCAGCAGAAUGGCCACAGAAUGUACACAAGCAUGUCUGACUGCCUUAUCAAGACAAUCCGUUCCGAAGGGUAUUUUGGCAUGUAUAGAGGGGCUGCAGUGAAUCUGACACUAGUGACUCCAGAAAAAGCCAUCAAACUAGCUGCCAAUGAUUUCUUCCGGCAUCAUCUGGCCAGAGAUGGGAAGAAGCUGACCCUGGUUAAGGAAAUGCUGGCUGGCUGUGGGGCAGGGACCUGCCAGGUGAUUGUCACCACUCCCAUGGAGAUGCUCAAAAUCCAGCUGCAGGAUGCAGGCCGAAUUGCUGCUCAGAAGAAGCUAAUGGCUGCACAAGCUCAGUUAAACCCUUCCACUGGUGCUGGGGCAGCAGAGUCUGUUGUGGAGACACGGACGACAGCAAUGCAAAUCACAAGGGAGUUGCUUCGGAACAAAGGCAUCGCAGGACUUUAUAAGGGACUUGGCGCUACUUUGCUAAGGGAUGUACCGUUUUCCAUUGUUUAUUUUCCAUUGUUUGCAAACCUGAACAAACUAGGGCAGACCACCCCAGAUGUCAAGGCUCCAUUCUAUGUGUCCUUCCUUGCUGGGUGCCUGGCUGGAAGCACGGCAGCUGUAGCAGUGAAUCCUUGUGAUGUAAUCAAGACAAGAUUGCAGUCCUUGCAGAGGGGGUUCAAUGAAGACACGUACUCAGGGAUCAUAGACUGUGCCAGGAAAAUCUGGCGGAAUGAAGGUCCCACGGCCUUUUUGAAGGGGGCAUAUUGCAGAGCCCUGGUCAUCGCCCCUCUCUUUGGUAUUGCACAAGUUGUGUAUUUCAUCGGCAUUGCUGAAUAUUUCCUAGACAUGCUUCCAAUGCGCCGGGAUUAACCCCUCACACCUCUCCCCAUCCAAUUGGAAUUCAUCAUAGUAUUCUUUGUCACCGUGCUAUCAAAGCAACAGCACAAGGAGUUAAAACAGUAAUGGGGGGAAUGAAUGUUGUCUCCAAACUGAGUCUCCCCACCCCCCUCCAGUCAACAUGGCCUCACCAUUAUGCCAGGGAAGAUACCUGAUUAUGCAUAUCUCCUCUCUAAUUAUCGAUCUCAAAAGACACCGGUUAGCACAGACUGUCUUAUAGACCUGCUUUCCCCCCUCUUUCCUAGGGGAGAAUGACCAACAAAUCAAGAAAGAGCAAAAGGACUUUCCUCCCCCACCCCCACCCCACCCCAUUCUUGGUUUCAGGCCUCUGGGGAAGCCAAGGGGUUGCUAUCCAUUAAAGGGAGGCCAGUUUGUCCUUCGAAAAGGCGGGUAAUUUCUGAAAUAAAAAUGUUUUGCUUUCAGAUAGGUCUCCUAAACAUCCCUCUCCUAAAUUAGCUGGACUUAAGUGAACUCUUUGGAUAUCAAAGGAAGAGGGGAAAGGGAAAGGCGCAUUUUAUAUUUAGAAUUUGUGAAAGGGACUGCCUUCCUGAAUGAGUGUGCGCAGGUGAAAUGUACUCCCUGUGGAUGUGCACUCAACUGCUAAGGAGCUGCGUCUGUGGAAACACAGUGGUGCCCAGUGUCGCGAACUAGCUGAGCCAUUGUGAUAGGGGAGAACUGAAUAAUUUUGGGAUCAAUUUAUUUAAAAAAUUAUGCUGGAUUUAAAACAAAAAAACCCCAACCCAGUAAUACAUUCCUUUCAAUCAGCCUAGUUGAUGCUGGUAAUGCUGCUGUUCCACCCAGUGUUUCAGUUGUCUGUGUUUUGACCUGUACCUGCAUUCCUUUCCUGUUUCCCUCUGGGAGCACAAAUAAUGCCAAAGGGUUACUUAGGGAAAGCUGAUCUCUGAUGUGGCUGUAAACACUGCAAAAAUGCCAGAUGGCAUAG